UGUGGGUGUGGUUUGGCACAUGGCAGCAAUGAGUUCAGAAAGUACUUCAGCUGCUAGUUCUCCUGAGGUUAAUGGAGCUUCAACAGAUCCAAUUAAAGGUUCAUUUGUUCCUCGUGACUCGUCUUACAGUGAAUUCAUGAGGAGGUUACUGCCUGAGAGACAGAAAUUGUUAGAUAUUGCUGUUAAAUUUCUCAUAAAUCCAAGAGUCGUUAACAGUAAUGACGAUGAUAAAAUUGCAUUUCUAAACAAAAAAGGAUUAAAUGAAGAAGAGAUUUAUUGGGUAAGACAAGAAGCUGCUUCAAGACCAGCCCCAUCGUUAGCUGUACCAGCCCCUCCCACCUCAUUAGCACUGACCACACCUACUCAAGCCACACCUACCCUAACUCAUCUGGUCAUUCGUGGGGUGCUAGUGGGAAGCAUGUUUGGAAUAUUUAUAUACUGGAUCAAAGGUGUGGUUUCAAAGUGGUUUGAUAGUUUAAAGGUCCAACAAGAGAGGCAUCAAGUGCUGGAGGAAAGAGUUCAAGAAAUAAGAACCACACUGGAAACUACCAUGCAAGAACUACAGCAAACCACAUUAUCUAUUAAAGUUUUAUUAGAAAGACAGCAGGAGCAAAUAACUCAAUUAUCAUCAACACAAUCGAAUGUUGUAGCAAGUAAUGAAUUGCGUACCAUUAAUUCAGAACUAUCAACGUUAAAGGGCCUUCUAUUGAACAGACACCAAUUUCCUACGCCACAGAAGGAUAACCUCAGUUUACCUCCAGGGAUACCUUCUUGGCAAAGAAACACUUCACUGCCUCCUCUUAACACAACUAAUGGCAGCUCUAAGGAACAGGAAGAGGCUUCUGGUGAUGGAGGGGGAGGAGGAGGAGAAUCAAGCACUGGAACAACAGUGCAGCAAAACAGCAAUAAUGAUAAUAAUGAUGAAGAAGAUGAUGAUUAAAUUUAAUUAUAAAGACUUG